GGAAAAGCAACUGAGGUCUUAACUUUCAGAUGCUGAAUUCUCGGCUAAUUGAAAUUACUGGGCACAAUGCUAUAUAUAGCCAAUGAAGAGAUUUUGAGCUCUCACUCAGUGCCUUCAAGACAUGUCGUUUUGUAGUCAGAGAAAACAGAGAUCAAUGCAUUUUCAAACUGACAGAGGGAACGGAUGCUCCUUAGUAGCACAUGCCCAGGAUCGUGUGUGUGGGGCUUGCACUGUGGUGAGAAGCUGAAUACCGGUCCAUAUGCUCCUUAUUUACUGCAAUGUUCUUUGCAUGUUACUGUGCACUCCGGACUAACGUGAAGAAGUAUCGAUACCAAGAUGAGGACGCUCCACAUGAUCAUUCCUUACCUCGGCUAACCCAUGAAGUAAGAGGGCCUGAACUUGUGCAUGUAUCAGAAAAGAACCUUUCUCAGAUAGAAAAUGUCCAUGGAUACGUCUUACAGUCCCACAUUUCUCCUUUGAAGGCCAGUCCUGCUCCUAUAAUUGUCAACACAGAUACUUUGGACACGAUUCCUUAUGUCAAUGGGACAGAAAUUGAAUAUGAAUUUGAAGAAAUUACAUUGGAAAGGGGGAAUUCUGGUCUGGGAUUCAGUAUUGCUGGUGGGACAGAUAAUCCCCACAUUGGAGAUGACCCUGGCAUAUUUAUUACGAAGAUUAUACCAGGUGGUGCUGCAGCAGAGGAUGGCAGACUCAGGGUCAAUGACUGUAUCUUGAGGGUGAAUGAGGUCGAUGUAUCAGAGGUUUCCCACAGUAAAGCAGUAGAAGCCCUCAAAGAAGCAGGGUCUAUUGUUCGGCUGUAUGUGCGUAGAAGACGACCCAUUUUGGAGACUGUUGUGGAAAUCAAACUGUUCAAAGGGCCUAAAGGUUUAGGUUUUAGUAUUGCAGGCGGUGUGGGGAACCAACAUAUUCCUGGAGACAACAGCAUUUAUGUAACUAAAAUUAUAGAUGGAGGAGCUGCACAAAAAGAUGGAAGACUACAAGUGGGAGACAGACUACUAAUGGUAAACAAUUAUAGUUUAGAAGAAGUAACACACGAAGAGGCGGUAGCAAUUUUGAAGAACACAUCAGAUGUAGUUUAUUUAAAAGUUGGCAAACCCACCACAAUUUAUAUGACUGAUCCUUAUGGUCCACCUGAUAUUACUCACUCUUAUUCUCCACCGAUGGAAAACCAUCUACUCUCUGGCAACAAUGGCACUUUAGAAUACAAAACCUCCCUGCCACCCAUCUCUCCAGGAAGGUAUUCGCCAAUUCCAAAGCACAUGCUUGUCGAAGAUGACUACACCAGGCCUCCGGAACCUGUUUACAGCACUGUGAACAAACUGUGUGAUAAGCCUGCUUCUCCCAGGCACUAUUCCCCUGUUGAGUGUGACAAAAGCUUCCUUCUCUCAGCUCCCUACCCCCACUACCACCUAGGCCUGCUCCCUGACUCUGAGAUGACCAGUCAUUCUCAACACAGCACUGCAACGCGCCAGCCUUCAGUGACUCUCCAACGGGCCAUCUCUUUGGAAGGGGAGCCGCGCAAGGUGGUCCUACACAAAGGCUCCACAGGACUGGGCUUCAACAUUGUGGGAGGGGAAGAUGGAGAAGGUAUUUUUGUGUCCUUCAUUCUGGCCGGUGGACCAGCAGACCUAAGUGGGGAGCUCCAGAGAGGGGACCAGAUCCUAUCGGUGAAUGGCAUUGACCUCCGUGGAGCAUCCCAUGAGCAAGCUGCUGCCGCACUAAAGGGGGCUGGGCAGACGGUGACCAUUAUAGCACAAUACCAACCUGAAGAUUACGCUCGAUUUGAGGCCAAAAUCCAUGACCUACGGGAGCAGAUGAUGAACUACAGCAUGAGCUCCGGGUCCGGGUCCCUGCGAACCAAUCAGAAACGCUCCCUGUAUGUCAGAGCCAUGUUUGACUAUGACAAGAGCAAGGACAGUGGGCUGCCGAGUCAAGGACUUAGUUUUAAAUACGGAGAUAUUCUCCAUGUUAUCAAUGCCUCCGAUGAUGAGUGGUGGCAAGCCAGGCGAGUCACACUGGAGGGCGACAGUGAGGAGAUGGGAGUCGUCCCCAGCAAAAGAAGGGUGGAAAGAAAGGAACGUGCCCGAUUGAAGACGGUAAAGUUUAAUGCAAAACCUGGAGUGAUUGAUUCAAAGGGGGACAUCCCCGGAUUAGGUGACGACGGUUAUGGAACAAAGACUCUGAAACAUGUUUCUUCUAAUGCCAGCGAUAGCGAGAGUAGCUACCGAGGGCAAGAAGAUCUCAUUCUUUCCUAUGAGCCUGUCGCAAGGCAGGAAAUAAACUAUACUCGGCCUGUGAUUAUCCUGGGCCCCAUGAAGGAUAGGAUCAAUGAUGACUUAAUAUCUGAAUUCCCUGACAAAUUUGGCUCCUGUGUGCCUCAUACUACAAGGCCAAAACGUGACUAUGAAGUGGAUGGCAGAGACUAUCACUUUGUCAUUUCCAGAGAACAAAUGGAAAAAGACAUCCAAGAGCACAAGUUUAUAGAAGCCGGCCAGUACAAUGACAACUUAUAUGGAACCAGUGUGCAGUCUGUGAGAUUUGUAGCAGAAAGGGGCAAGCACUGUAUACUUGACGUAUCAGGAAAUGCUAUCAAGCGGUUGCAAGUUGCCCAGCUCUAUCCCAUUGCCAUCUUCAUUAAGCCUAAGUCUCUGGAACCUCUGAUGGAGAUGAAUAAACGUCUAACAGAAGAACAAGCCAAGAAAACCUACGAUCGAGCAAUUAAGUUAGAACAAGAAUUUGGUGAAUAUUUUACAGCUAUUGUCCAAGGAGACACCUUAGAAGAUAUAUAUAACCAAUGCAAGCUUGUUAUUGAAGAGCAAUCUGGGCCUUUCAUCUGGAUUCCCUCAAAGGAGAAGUUAUAAAUUAGCUACUGCACCUCUGACAACGACAGAAGAGCAUUUAGAAGAACAAAAUAUAUAUAAUAUACUACUUGGAGGCUUUUAUGUUUUUGUUGCAUUUUAUGUUUUUGCAGUCAAUGUGAACUCUUAUGAAUGUACAACACAAACUGUGUGAAGCCAUGAAGGAAACGGAGGGGCCAAAGGGUGGGACAGAAAAGACACUGAAGUAUGCAG